UAGAGAUAUUUUCGGGCAAAAUUGCGGGCUUGAGUGUUCGGGCGCGAUUUGCCGUGCUGCAUGUAAGAUAUUCGGUAGUCUCAGUAGUUUUCUCGAUUUCGUGGCGACAGGUACACGUGGGAAAAAGAAGGGGAAAAAACGGGGAACGUUCUGGAGUUGAAAGUUGGUGUUUUGAUGUUUGCAGUUCCGGCGAAGUAGAACAACGAAACAGACCACGGGGGUCGCACGCGGACUACCGAUACGCGUGUACGGUGUUGCGCGGAGAUAUCGUAAAUAAUUAUUUUUUUAAACCCCGUCCUAAUUGUAAUCGUGGCUCGAUCGGAAUCCUGAACGUAGCGUAGAGCGAUUCCUGUGUUCGAUUAACCUGCCGAGGCCGAAAGGACUACUAAAUUCUUAGUAAAUAUGGCGAACAGUGUAGCACCAGAUUCUUGGGAACAGCAGGCGGACAACGGUGACAUCGGCCCGCCACAGGACAAGUCCAUCGAGAGCAAAUUUUCCACCCUGAACGUAAAUGCUGCGGAAUUUGUGCCUUCUUUCUGCAUUAAUUCUUCACCGCAGAACAGCAACACGGCCGACAGUUCCUGCAAUGUCGCUGUCAUGAUGAAUGCUGUAACUUCUAUCCCUCCUGAGAUACAUCAUGAUAAUAGUACACCAGUGGUUCUACCAGAUCCAGUGGGCAGUCGUGUGGAGGAACCACCUGCUGGAGGAGGGGCUCCACCUCCGAACGUGAACGACCAGAUAAAUAGUAGCCCUGAACAUCAACCAGCUGAUUCAUGGGAAGAAGCAGCGGUAGAUGGUGAUCCCCUUUUAACUCCUGAAAAUGAAGAGGCCGAGAAUGAAGAAGAUGAAGAGAUGGUUGUUAAGAUCCCUAAGAAAAAACCUGUUAAAGUAACAGAAGAUACUAAGAGUAAAAAAGAACAUGUUAAUGUUGUUUUUAUAGGUCACGUUGAUGCAGGAAAAUCAACGAUUGGCGGUCAGAUUAUGGCAUUAACGGGAAUGGUCGAUAAAAGAACUUUAGAAAAGUACGAAAGAGAAGCGAAAGAAAGAAGUAGAGAAACGUGGUAUUUGAGCUGGGCUUUAGACACGAAUCAAGAGGAACGAGAGAAAGGGAAAACGGUGGAAGUUGGAAGGGCGUACUUUGAAACUGAGAGGAAACAUUUUACAAUUUUAGAUGCUCCCGGUCAUAAGAGUUUUGUACCUAAUAUGAUUGGUGGAGCGGCGCAAGCCGAUCUCGCAGUGUUAGUUAUAUCCGCGCGGAAAGGAGAAUUUGAGACUGGUUUCGACAGAGGCGGUCAAACGAGGGAGCAUGCGAUGUUAGCUAAAACUGCUGGCGUUAAACAUCUAGUUGUGCUAGUAAAUAAAAUGGACGAUCCAACUGUAGAGUGGGAUGAAAGAAGAUACAAUGAGUGCAGGGAUAAAAUACUACCAUAUCUUCGUAAAUUGGGAUUCAAUCCUGCUAAGGAUCUUACGUUCAUGCCAGUCUCAGGACAACUUGGUUAUGGUUUAAAAGACCCGAUACCAGAACAUCUUUGUACGUGGUAUACUGGUCCACCGUUCAUAUCCUUCAUUGAUUCCUUACCUUCGCUUAAUCGCAAAAACAACGGACCUUUCAUUAUGCCAAUUGUUGAUAAAUAUAAAGAUAUGGGAACAGUGGUAAUGGGAAAGGUCGAGGCAGGAGAAGCAAAGAAAGGACAGUCGCUACUUGUCAUGCCGAAUAGGACGGCAGUGACAGUAGAUCAGUUAUGGUCAGAUGAUGAAGAAGUGACAUCAGUUGGCCCUGGUGAAAAUGUAAAAAUUAAAUUGAAAGGCAUUGAAGAAGAAGAUGUGAGUCCUGGAUUCGUCCUGUGUGAUAGUAACAACCCGAUAAAGACGGGAAAAGUAUUCGAUGCUCAAGUUGUAAUUUUGGAGCAUAAAAGCAUUAUUUGCGCUGGCUACAGUGCUGUGAUGCACAUUCAUUGUGCAGCAGAGGAAGUUAGAGUGAAAGCAUUGAUCUGUUUGGUCGACAAGAAAACUGGGGAUAAAAGUAAAACCAGGCCGAGGUUCGUCAAGCAGGAUCAAGUGGCAAUAAUGAGAAUCGAAUGCGCAGGUGUUAUAUGCCUUGAAAAAUUUAAACUAUUUCCACAGAUGGGACGUUUCACCCUUAGGGAUGAAAAUAAAACUAUUGCAAUUGGUAAGGUGUUGAAAGUGGUGGAGUAAAUUUGCUCAACUCUGACCACAGAUUGGGAUAAUAAUCAACUUUGAUAACGAAGAACACAAGAGACGCAAGCCGAAUACAGUACGCACGAGAAAAAAACGGAACUAGCGUGACUACUCGCAGACUACUGUUAAUGUAACAUACACUCAUCUUACACAAGAAGCAAAAAAAAAAGUUAUACAUCAAAGAAAAGCACAUACAUCGUAUGCACAGACAGUUCGGUCGGGGUUUGGGAUUACGGGGGGAGGGAGGGUAUUUAUAACAUGAAAUUUAAAGAAAAAAAAAAAGCAAAUAGAUUUGACUAUAUAGAUAAGGAGACAAAUUCACUAAAAAGAAAAAACUCAGGAGCGCGUGUUCCUUCUAUCUAGAUAAGCUGAACGACAGCACUCACGACGUUGAGUUCAUUAUACAAAUGAAUUAAUGAUCAAACGAUGAACAGUGUCUCCUUAAUAUUGUAAAACACGAUAUUUUUAUUCUUCUGAGGUGUGAGACGUUAAGGAACGUCAGAAAGGAAGAUACCAAUUACAAGAUAAAAAUUAAGAAAAAAAUAUUAAUAUUAUAAUUAUUAUUGAAUAAUUAUUAAAUUGGUGGUAAGAAGCGAAGAAAUAAACAAAAAAAAAAAAAAUACAGAAGUUUAUUAAAUCAACCAGAUAGUGUUACACAACAAUUCAUAAUUAUAAAAUUAAUAUUAUUAAUAUUAUUAUACGGUUUCUUAUUACAUUGUCAUUAAAAAUGAAUUUGCAACAAAAAUAUGCUCUACUAAUUUUGAUAAGAGAUUUUAUGUGUACGGUUGAUUUGCUUUUUCUUGCACGUACUGUUUCUGUUAAUAUGAUUGGUGUUUGACGGCGCCAAGAUUCGUGUAUUGUAUCGAUGUAAUACGUGUCUAUAACACCAGAUAUUCUUACACUGUGCUUCUUCAGAAAAGUGUUUCGAUGAUUUAUAGCGUUAUAUGCGAUAAAAGAAAAUUAAUGUCGAGAUUUAACCGAAAGAAUGUUAAUAUAGAGAAUUUUCAAAACA